AUGUACUUUGACAGUCACCUGGCUAGCUUCGGCGCUCUCCUCGCGCUCACCACGCUGGCCGUCGACCCAUUCCCCCAAGCCAGUGUCUCGUUGAAACACUGCGAACAUGUCACUGGCCAUGUCGCCAGCAUCCCACGAACAAACAACUACACGCGUAAUGUAGCGCUUACGGGGACACACGCCAAUGCUCCCGAUGCCGGCAUGCAGCUAGCUAUCUACUGGGGUGUCCUGGAGCCGCCGGACAACAGUUCCGUCAGCAAACCGUCGACCCUAGACUGUCUGACGGGCAACUGCACCUUUCCGGCUGAACAAGGCGCCAGCUGUACCAGUUUGGCCAUGUGCGCAUAUGCUUGGGACGUGAGCGAUUAUAUAGACGGAGAGAUGGUUGAUGAACGACGCAACUUCUCGCUGGGCCCGGGUAGACGGGCCGCUAACUCGCGCCACGACAGUAGGGGUGGUCAAGGUCCGUGGAACCAGACAAGCAUGCUAGAUGUCCGUGUACUUGGCAUGCGCUAUCCAAAAGGCUCCAACUUUACCUCUGACUAUUCUGAGGACAUGGUGCCUGCCGCCUUCAUCAUGUCGUUUUGGCCAUGGAUACAGAGCUUUGCGGCCAAUAUCACGAGGAGGUUCUCGGAGAGCAACGCCUGCACUGGGUAUUUGGGAGAGCCGGCUACCAGCUGGCCGUCAACGAGACUCUCAGCAACGGCUCUUGGAAGGGGUGUCAUGGCCUUAACAAUUGACAGCACAGAUGCCAACAUUGUGCCAGUGUAUCCACCGCCGCCAAAGUACGACAGCACCGACGACAACGACGACGACUACUCCUCUCCGGGUGAUCCGAGCUGGCACACUCAAGAGUGUGUCUUUGGCUUAGGCCCUGCCCCGGCCACAGUCCUUGCUGAUGUCUCCGGCUUUGCGCGUGGCCUGGCCGUGGCCAUCGGAGCGCGGAUGCGCACCGACUCGGGCAGUCCGGCGGAGCUUUCCCGGGCGAGCGGGCGACAAGACGAACCGAAGUUUGUAUCCGCGUAG